AUCGACUGUACUGUACGCCUGUGUGAACCUACUGUUCUGUAUGGACUGUAUGCCUUUGUAAAGUGUUUGUAUAUGGGCGUGUAUAUGUGCUUGCAUCCAGGACGGAGCAGAAUGAGCAUGCGCGGAGCAGUGGCUGGUUGCGUGGUGCUGGCAUGCCUGGUGGCACUGCUGGCUGAGAGGACAGAGGGACACAUCACCUUCUUCAGCCCAAAGGAGAUGAUGUUGAUGAAGGAGCGAGAGGGUAGGAAGGACAUGGAGCCUCGGUCGGAGGAUGGUCAGUUUGAAGAGGUCACCAUCCAACAGUCUUCUCAGGUGGAACGUGGUGGAAAUCCUGAUAAAACAGUGGAGAUUGCUGUCCGUCUUUCACCCAAACAGCUGGAUCACGUGGCUCCGGUGCUCGAGGAGAUCAUCCAUGAAAUAGUGGGGGAGCGUCAGAAAGGUACAAGCAUUUGACUGGUGCAAGACAUAGUGCCAAAUAGCAAGGCUGACGACACUAGUGGAUGAAUACUGUGUAAAUCUUCAAAAAGCACUGAAUGCUCAAAUGUUUUAUUGUAUUUUAAUGAAUCAGU